AUGAUUUCACUUUUUGAGUAUGGUGUUGAUAAUCAUAUCUAUAAAUUCAAAGUAUCUAUAAUAAAAAAAUGGUUUGCUAUUAUUGGUGCAGGUUCUGUUGGUGCUUUUAUUGCCUUUGCAUUGCAUCUGCAGAAGAUUUCCUCUGAAAUUCUUUUGGUCGAUAUUAAUCCUGAAGCUGUUGAAGGUCAAGUGUUGGAUCUUUCAGAUGCUAACUUCAUUUCUUCUACCCAAGUUCGCAGUGGCACUUUUCAGGAGGCUGGACAAUGCGAUAUUGUAGUUAUUACUGCUGGUGCUAAACAGAAGUCCGGUGAAACAAGAGUUGAAUUAAUUGAAAGAAAUUACAAAAUUUUGGAUAAUGUGAUAGGAUCUAUGAAGCCAUUUAAUCCUAAUAUAAUUUUAUUACUAGUGGCUAAUCCUUCUUCUGCCCAUGUUGGAGGUAAACCUUUGUUGGAUUUUCCCAAAAUUCAAAAAUUAGAUAAAGAGGUUGUUGCUAAAGAAAUUGCAAAUAAAGCCUACAAAAUUAUUGAACUUAAAGGAGCAACUUAUUUUGGAAUUGCUGGAUGUGUAUCCAUCAUGCCGGUCGUAUUGGGAAGUGAUGGUGUUGAAAGAAUAAUUGAAAUUUCAUUGAGUGAAGAAGAAAAGAACAAUUUGAGACGUUCAGCGUCAGCCUUGAAAUCAAUUUGUGCCAAAUAUCUUUAG